AUGGCGGUCUUGGUGGGAAGGGUGCAGGAUCUGGAGGCAUUGCCGGUGAUGGGGGACGAGGAGACGGCCGAAUGGACGCGGACGACGGAGGAACUUAGGCGAGCGGUCAACGAGCGCGCGCGCCAACUUCGGAUCCGAGCCCACGUACCUGAAAUCUGUGAGGAAUCCACUCUCCGCUCGGCUCAGGACUUAGGCGCGCGGAGCGAACCGGGCGCGGACUUAGGCGCGCGGAGUGAGCCGGGCGCCCCGGCCCAGGACUUAGGCGCGCGAAGCGAGCCUGGGACUUAG